UACCCGGAGGCUCUUUCCUUCUUUACGCUUUCAGCUUCUUCUCCGAUCGAGAAGAAGAGGGGAACCGGAAACGAAACCAGGCGGCCUUAUUUUCAAGAUUGGCCUAUUAUGGUAACGAAGGAAUUUACCGUGGACUUGAAUAAGCCUCUGGUUUUUCAGGUUGGCCAUCUUGAGGAUGCUUACCAGGAAUGGGUUCACCAGCCAAUCAUCAGCAAGGAAAGCCCACGUUUUUUUGAAAAUGACUUCCUUGAGUUUUUGACACGCACUGUGUGGUGGGCCAUUCCAACCACAUGGCUACCAGUUGUAUGCUGGGGUUUGGUGACAUCAUUCCACAUGGGCCAAUCUCCAUCCCAGCUUGCUCUGUCGGUUCUGUCUGGAGUAUUUAUAUGGACUUUUAUUGAGUACAUUGUGCACCGAUUUCUUUUCCAUAUCAGGACAAAGAGCUACUGGGCAAACACAGCACAUUAUUUGCUUCACGGAUGCCAUCAUAAACAUCCAAUGGAUGGCCUUCGCCUUGUUUUUCCCCCAGCUGCGGCUGCUAUUCUUUGCAUUCCAUUAUGGAACCUGACCAAACUCGUAGCGAAGCCCGCCGCAGCCCCUGCCUUAUUUGGUGGGGGUUUGCUCGGUUAUGUGAUGUAUGAUUGCACUCACUAUUACCUGCACCAUGGAAGGCCUUUCAGAAACCCAGCUAAACAUUUGAAGAUUUAUCAUAUGAAUCACCACUUUAGAACUCAAACAAUGGGAUUUGGAAUUACUUCUUCGCUGUGGGAUGGAUUGUUCAGGACAUUACCUCCUGCACUGAAGGCCUGUGAGAAGAGCAGCUGAAUAUUUUAGAUUGAGAUUUCGGCUGAAAGUGUUCCUAUAUUCCGGAACCAUAGUUGAAGUUUCGCGUAGGAGAAGAGGUAUUAGAUUGGCCUUUGUAUUUGCUACGAUUAGAAGCAGCCAGUGCGAUGAUAUUUGGUUGCGAGACAUUACCUUCUUUAAUUGCCUCUUGAGCGAAGGUGAGUUCUUCACUCCAUAAGAAUGUAUAGAGAUCAUCCAAGUUUAUUGGUGUGUGCGAAUGGAUGUCUUGAAGGC